UACCCUAUAAUAUUAACACCAAAUAAGGGAAACCCCUGAAAAACCUAGAAACCCUCAAAAACCCUAGAAACAAAGAAAGGUUUGGAAUUCAUCUAGGUGGAAGAAAAGAAAUGGAGGAGACUACAAUGGAAGGGGGAGGUGACCACAACAGAGAAAUGGAGGUUGCUCCGGCCCUCAUUGCUGUCCACCCCACCCAUCAUUCCGUCGCAGUCGCCGUCGGCUCCGACCUCCGCGUCUUCGACCUCCAGACUGGCAAUCCAAUUUCUUUGCUGGAUGAUUCUAGCGAGCCUCUUCAUAGGGAUUCUAUUCGAGCAAUCCGUUAUGGUGCAAUGGGAAAGCUUUUAGUAACUGCUGGUGAUGACAAACUAGUUAAGAUUUGGAACACAGAUGCCUGGCGCUGUAUAUCUACUGUGUCAUCAGAGAAGAGAGUGAGUGCAGUUGCCAUAAGCAAUGAUGGUCUAUUUGUUUGUUUUGCUGACAAAUUUGGAGUUGUUUGGGUUGUGGAUUUGGAUGGAUUUCAUGAAAAUCAAGCUUUAGCCAGUAAGAAGGCAGCACCAAUUCUUGCUCACUACUGUAGCAUCAUUACUAGCCUGGAAUUCUCGCCGGAUGAACGAUUCAUUAUUAGCGCUGAUCGGGAUUUUAAAAUUCGUGUUACCCUGUUUCCAAAGAAGCCUUUAGAUGGGGCUCAUGAGAUACAGAGUUUUUGCCUUGGUCAUUCUGAGUAUGUGUCCUGCCUUGCCUUUGUUUGUGCUUCAGAUUAUCCUGAGGCUUUUCUUGUUUCUGGAAGUGGUGAUUCAACAGUUCGGCUGUGGGAUAUAACUUCUGGAUCUCUUCUUGAUACCUGUGACGUUGGAGCAGAGGCAGGAUUUCUAGAGUCUAACGGAAAAGCUGAUGAGUACGGUCCUGCUAUUACUGAUCUAUGUACCAUUCCUAUCAGUUCAUUGGUUGCAGUGGCCAUUCAAGGCCUCUCAGGAGUGGUGCUUUUGAGCUGCAACCUUGCUGACAAAGCUCUUUCUGUUUCCAAGGUGAUUUCCAUCAAGGGAGAGGCCUUCAUGCCGACAAGCUUAGGAACUAGCUCCUCUGCAGAGCUAUUGUGGAUGGUGACAGGUGUAUCCAACUUACAAGGUUUUGAUUCCACGUCUUUGGCCCGUGUGAGGGCUAUAUCUGGUUUUAGCAAAACAAAUCCUGAUUCUGGUGAGCUUGAUUCAAUUGUGUUGGAAGAUAGAGAUAUACCGGGGGGAAUUCAACUGCUUGAAAAGUUGCAGGGAAGUGGCUCAAUCGCGGAGGAGGUAUUUUUAGCAGCAGCGGAGACUGUGAAGACGGCAAUGCAUAAUUUGUUGAUUAAAAAGCAAUAUUCUGUGGAAAAGCGAGAGUUCAGAAAGAGGGGCAGAAAUGAUAGAAAAACCAAACAUUAACAAGAUUUUGUCAACAGUUGCAGUUUUUAUUCUUUCCCAUUCUAUGUGCAAUUCGUAGAGCAACUCUGUAUGUGUUGUUCUGUAGUUUUCUUUUGGUGUUUCGUAAUCAUAGUUAUUGGAUUUGUAGAAGGGAAAAAAAAUUGGGAAAAUGAUAAAAACAUCCAAGAGUUGUUUGAUGAAAUUUACUGUUUUCCGUUACAUAAAAUAUUAAAUA